GAAUUUAACAUUGAUUUGCGUGUAAUGGGCAUACUUGGCUCAAAGUCAAUGCUCCUCAGUGAUGUGGGUAUUGACUUAGCAAGGUGGAAAGAACUUCGAGAGGAAAGAGGAGAAGUGGCUGAUUUGGAAAAAUUUGUUCAACACAUGCAUGGAAAUCAUUUUAUACCAAACAUGGCAUUAGUGGACUGCACAGCUGAUUCUGCCAUUGUUGGCUAUUACUAUGAUUGGUUGCACAAAGGAAUACAUGUAGUUACCCCCAAUAAGAAAGCAAAUUCAGGACUACUUGAUCAGUACAAGGUAAUUUGGAGAUUCCUAUCUUUUCUUCAGCGUGUUCAUGCAGCACGUCCUAGUAACUCCAACUCACUCACUUUUCUCGUAACAGUUCUCCUGUUAUUCAUGAUUCUGAACUCUCACCAGAUGUCACCAAAUUUUCUGCUCUGGCUUGUGCUUGGUGUUUUCUUUAUGGCUACAAUGCUAAGGAUGUAUGCAACAUGUCAACAGCUUCAAGCACAGGCCCAAGCUCAUGCAGCAGCAGCCAGUGGCCUUCUUGGCCACAUAGAACUACGGUUGCAUAUGCCGCCAUCAAUAGCACUUGCAAGCCGAGGGCGUUUGCAGGGUCCUAGACUUCAACUGGCACUUCUUGUGAGAGUUUGAUGAUCUAGGUUUAGUGACAGACAAUACUGUAGGAAUAGAUUAAUUCUUUAUUUAUAUUUAUCUAGUUUUUAGUGACAGUCAUUAUUGUAGGUAGAAAUCAAAAACAUAUAGUGACAAUCAUCAGAACAUGUAGUGACAGUCCUCAAAGUGUAGCAGGACGCCCCCUUAAAGUUGACACUAGAUUUGAGUGUCACUCAAAGUAUUAUUGACUU